AUGGGCGAUCUAAUUCCGAUGAAACCCCUGAGACAUCAAGCUUCUUACGAGAAUGUUGACAUAAAAAGCGGUGUAGUCAUUUUGCCAGACGACCCUGAUCACCAUUACGAUGUACUUCAUCAAAACCACAAGCCGAUAGCGGGGCCUUCGACUUCGUUCAUGACGAGUGCGCCCACUAACAACGACAGGCCGAGGGAGACAGCGAACGAAUCCAGGAACCCACCUUCGACUUCUCUUUUCACGAAUGGAUCCACCACCAACAACAGGCCGAGGAACACUUCGAACGAAGCAAGGAACUCAGCGAACGAGUCCGUCGAUUGCACCUCUUCGGAGAGCCACAAGAAAAAUCAUUCGACGUCAGCAGAGAUACAUAGAGUCCUUGUAGUGUUUGAAUUUGUGUUCGCUUUGAUUGCUUUUGUUCUUGUCUUGCUCUUUGCCCUUGGAAUGCUGAGCUCUUCAAAUUGUCGCCAGAGUUGCCAUAAAGAACUUGUACAACCAGUUCAGACUUCGCGAGCAACGCAGGAAUUUUUCCUUAUAAUGAACGAGCUACGGGCAAACAUGAGCAAUUUAGAUGAGGAAAUAAAAAGCAGGGAUGACAUAAUCACACAACUUCAAGCGCAUGAGGUCGACUUCACAAGAAGGAUCACAGAAUUGGAACGAAAUGAAACUUUUAAACUCGUGGUUGUUAACAAAUCGAAAAUCAUUGGACCGCAAGGCCCCCAAGGAUUCGCUGGGGCUGUUGGCCCAAAAGGAAAAGAUGGAAAAGAUGGAAAAGACGGAAAACCGGGAGAAAAAGGCCCAGCCAACGUGUCAUUGUGUCACUAUUCAACCAUCGAAAGUACCCCAUUUACAGCUUCUGGAUCCGGUGAAGGGCAAAACGUCAGUGUCACAGAAGAACCAGGGUCUAAAAUCAUUGGAGCUACGUGCUCGACCGAAGGAGCGUCAGAAUAUAAUUUUAUAACCAGAGUUAACUCUACGACUAAAGUUCGAGAGCUCGCAUGUGAAUGCAAAGGAAAGUCAAGUGUGUUUACAGCGGGAGUGGAUGGAGCCAAAUGUAUCUUGAAUUACUGGGUGUGCGCUUAG